CUGCGAGCAAAAAAAAAAAAUAAAGGCGUUUCCUUAAUAGCAGACAGAGAAGCCGGCGAGAGACGUCCUGCACGGGACAUUAGGAGGAAGAGAGAGGCUGCAUUAAAACGUAGAUCUAUAGACGCCUUUAUAAAGCCGAUACCUCCAGCAAUCACAUAGGAAAGCACAGAGAGUCAAACGGUUGAGGUUGGAUUCGGAAUUGUGUUGAAAUACAUCCUGGGGGAAGAGAAUUAAAAAAAAAAAAAGCCACAUUGCCUCAAAUUCCCGUUUUCACAAUUUCUAGAAAGGAGCAAAAGCCCCAGCACCAUUCCAGCGGUUCCUGCAACUUGGAUACCCAGCCUCGCACACGACGGCCGCACGGACCCUACUGACCAGGCACCUGGUGAUCUCAAGCGCAGACCUGCAGGCCUCCAGAAUGUCAUAUUCUCCAAAAGAAAGUAGGAGCAUGUCAGAGUACAGCUCUCUGCUCAGCGAGCUCUCUGAGAACAUCACCAACGAGGACCUGGAGCAGCUGAAGUCUGCCUGCAAGGAGGACAUCCCCGGAGACCAGAGCGAGAACAUCACAUCCUCCAAGGAGUGGUUCAGCUACCUGGAGAAGGAUGACAAGCUAGCCCCAGAUAACCUCUCCUACAUCGAGCACAUCUUUGAGAUCUCCCGACGUCCUGACCUGCUGACUCGUGUGAUCGAAUACAGGACCACCGUGCUCAAAAUUUCAGACGAUGACGAGAUCGACACCAAACUGACCCGCAUCCCCUCCGCCAAGAAAUAUAAAGAUAUAAUCCGCCAGCCAUCGGAAGAGGAGAUUAUCAAGCUUGCCCCACCACCCAAAAAAGUCUAAGGUCGAAGUUCACAACCCAUCGACCACCGCCCCCCCUAAAUCAACACACACACACACACACGGUCAACCCAACAACUAACCAGCCAGUCAACACCCACAGCUACCUAACCCCCCCCCCCCCCCCCCCCCCUGCACAGGAGAGCAAGAUAAAGGCAUCCAGUCUGGUGCGUGCGUAAGAGAGGAAUGGAGAAACAGCAACACUCUUCUGAAAAUGCCCCUCGUGCAUUAUAGUCUGUCGCUGCAUUGCAGAAGACCUCGUCAGCUCUUGCUGGUCACCCCAAAGUGGUUGGAUUUCAUUGCCUUCCAUGGAAAGAGAGGUAGACCCCACCUACGCCAUCGGAGAAACCUCUUCUGCCUCUGCGAGAUUUCUUCUGAUCCACCCAGCGGUCAGCCCGGAAAGAGAAGAGGAGCAUCAGCCAUACACCUUCCUCUUCAUGCUCUGCAGAACGAGUGGGGCUCUGCAGAGGGAGGCAAGCAAAUAAACAAAGUACAGUGAAUCUUCGAGAUCUCGCCGCAGUUAGCUGUGCAAAAAAGGUAUUUGAUCAAAAUGAAAUACACUGCAAAAAAAUGAAUUUGAUAAGUCAAGUUAUAUAUAUAAACCAAAAUCUGUGAAUGCAUCAUAAACCAAUGGCAAGUAUUGACCAGAUACUUUUGUGUGAGUGAAUUCGAAUGGGCAGAAUUCAGUAUUGUACAUUCCCCUUUAAAAAAAAAAAAAAAAUGCAAAUCCCUUUAAAUAAAGAUGAGGUGGUAAACACGAGAGAGAGAGAGAGAGAGAAAGAUAGAAGGAGAGGGAGGGAGGAAGGGAAUGUUCUGAAAAUGACGUAUGACGCAAAGUAUCGCGUUCUGUUCCCGAACAGAGCUAAGUUUGGCCAAACGGUUUCGCCGUUCUAUGAGAAAGAGAAAAAAGGAGAGAGAAAGAGUGCAUGAAAGAGAAAAAGAGAGAAAAAAAUUAACAAGGUGUGAGUAGAAUCCCCCAUUUUUGCCUGACUGCCGUAUCACCACUGUAUUCAAACUCAGCCACUCAACUAGUAACGCAGACUAGAAGGUGGUGGGUUAAUGAAUUAAUGACUUAAUGAAUUAAUUGUGUUGUGCCAAGUUGCGUCCAGUAAUUAGCUAGCUAGCUAGUGUGUGUGUGUUUUU